UCGAAAGCUCGCUCAACUACCUACGAAUUCAGCGAAGUUUCUUUUGUUGGAGAAUAAAUACCGGUCUGUUAAACGUUGAUUUACAGAUGAUGGUGUAAAUUGGGAAAUAAUAAGAAACGAUGGAUAGGGCUGGAGAAGGACCUCUUUUGAGUAUUCAGCAAGUUUUCCAGCUCUCAUCUUAUGGAGUCAAAUCAGGGCAAGUAACAUUCCCUCGAGUGACGGCGUCAUCACAUCGAUGGAUCUGCUGCCGUCACACCAGCAAGAAGAAGAAGAGAGACAACUGCGUGACGGCCAUCAAUCUGACGCGCCGGACGCCACGCGCGCUCACUUGGCCAUGUUCAGCGGAUUCAGCCAUGAUGAAUCCUCGCAAACCGUGGCUUGCUCUCAAAGCUGGUAAACAUUUUCAAAUCUUCAACAUCGUAGCGGAGAAGCAGCUGUACCGCUGCACCAUGAAAGACGAAGUGCAAUAUUGGAGCUGGCUCAACGAUGACGUCAUCGGCAUCGUCGGGUCAAAGUUCAUCUACCACUGGGACCUCUCUCCUUUAGGAUUUUCAUGUCCAAUGAAGGCUUUUCCCCGUCAUGGACGUCUUAACUUUUGUCAGAUUGUAGGUUACAAGGCAGAUCCUUCAUUUAGAUGGUUUGCUGUACUAGGUCUCUAUAAAGAUUAUGAGGAUGGUGACUCGAACUCGGUGUCGGGUGUCGUCCAGAUCUAUUCGGCCACCGUAGACAGAAGCCAGUGCAUCGAUGCUCAAGCCAUCAACUUUGCCUCCUACCGCCGCAGCGACAACAAGAGUAUCAAUUCCGUCCUUAUCAUUGUAAAUAGGCAGGCAGGCCUGCAAGGGAAGCUACACAUCAUUGAGCUGGGUCCUCACUUAGAUGGUAACUGUUCCCUGACCAAUCAUUCAGAACAGGUCAACUUUGAUGAUGAGGAGAGAUACGACUUCCCGGUCUCAGUUCAGGUGAGUUCAUCACAUGGUCUUGUCUACAUCCUAACAAAGAUGGGCCGGUUGAAGCUGUGUGACCUUGAGACAGGUACAUUCCUCAGCAGCUGUAGAGCAUCACAUCUCACCGUCUUUACCUGCAUGCCAGACACCGAUGGGAAGAGAGUCUUAGGAAUCAGUCGAUGUGGCAGGCUCUUAUCCAUGGGUGUGAAGGAGAAAGCGUUGGUCUCUCACGUACGGACUGUUCUGAAACGACCUGCAAUAGCAGACAGAUUAGAGAGGACGUUCUCAGAAACACUCUGAUACCAAUCUUGCCUUUUAUAAUGUGAAACAUUCAAAGUGUGUGUGCAGGCAUACAACAUGGACCUUCAAUCAAGAUAAUAUAUAUAUAUACAUAGUGCAUGAAGUGAGAUUAGACACUGCAUGAAAAUGGAUGGGUGGGACUGAAGUGAGGAAAGCGAGCAUAGGAGAGCUUUUCAUGUAGAAGAUGGAGAUGAACGAUGCAAAAUGAAGGCUGGUAUGUAAGAGGUUACCUUCUAGUCAAGACGUCAUGGUGGUCAUUGCCAGAGUUUCGCCAACGGGCAGACCUUCUAUGGCUUCCUAGAUGAAUUCGACCAUUGUGAGUGAGAAACACAUCCUCGGGUGGAGAACAUGCAGGAGAUUGGCAUGUUUGGUGAGCUACUAGACCUCUGCUUAAGAUUUUAGGUUCAAGUCAAGACUGACCCUGAAUUGUUACUGCUCGAGCCUGGGAUCAAUGAGACAUCGUGUCUUUUCACAUUAAUCAGUCGAAAACUUGAGUUGGAGUAUCAUCCUGAAUAAUCAAUGUUUCUACCGUGGUCUGCCUUGGUUUGACUCAAAUGUGACUCGACUAUAAUUGCUAUCACACCAAGGAAUUAUCUUUGGUUAAUACCCAGAUUAGCCCUAAUUGUGUGAAAAGGGUCAGAGAGACAUGGAAUAGUAGAAAUGCACCAAAUAUCAUUUGUAAUCGAUCACUGACUGUGCUGCAGUGAGAGAGAUCUCAGAGUCUUACUUGCCAGAUCUAGGAGGAAUAAGCCUAAUAACCUUGAAGGGUGUUUUUAAAGGUAUAGAAAGUAUGUUUUGCAAUGUAAUUACAGUCUGUAUUUUUGUGGAUGAAGUACAGGAAGGAUAACAAGUAAUGUGCACGAUGUUGGAAAGUAGCCAAGGCCUCUCUUACAAAGAGUUACGAUUGUUCUCAUCUUACACUACAUGUAUAUGGAAAUCCAGCAAUGUCAUUUUUUUUUCUCCAG